GCGAAUCGCUCUAUUAUGAGUAUCUGGUGCCCGUUGGGCCGUAAACUUAGCACACCCUACGCUGUACUUUGCCAACCCAUACGAACACGAUACGUGGCUGAUCCAGGUACCCUGGAACAACGCCUUUUUCGAGCGGUGACGCAGCCUGUUAUCCCUCCUCUUGGUAUCACUCCAACAGAGAGGCGUAUUAGAAAUCAGGAGCAACGGCGGAUUCGUGAAGAAAAUAACCCUUAUCGAAAGUUCCUGGUGGAGAAAGCUCGUUCCGACUUCUUUCGUGAAGCCGAUGACCGUAUGGUGCUUGUAAUACAACCUCUGCAUCACAAGUGGCGAGAGUUUGUGCCUAUUCGAAACCAGCUCUUCUUAAAAAAUAUGGUGUUUCAUGGAUUUCCUGUACCAAUCUUGAGGGAGGCAGCAAUUGGGACACGCUGGGAAAAUUUCACAGAACAUUUUCUCCAGACUAGUUCCCAUAACUUCUAUCUUUUCGGUGAUGCGGACCCGUUGGUUUGUCGAAACGCUCUGUCGAUUCUCAAAACUGCACCAUUUCUCUUACUCUUGGGCCCAGAACUUAGGGCUGAUGACGCCGUUCGUCAUGCAUCUGCUCGUCACAUGGCGCCGACAUCCUCAGGUAUCUCCAAAUCAGUCUUCAAGCCUCGACACCAAGUCUAUCUGGCCGCGUUCAAUGUCCGCACUCUGAAGCAAGCAGGACAACAAGCUGUUCGUUCACUCAUACUGGACUCGCUUGACGCCUUGGAGACGCUAGCCAAACACAGUCGCGUUCAGUUGCAGCUGUGCACGCUUCACCCUGAUAUUCGGGCACAAUUUUUCCCAAAAUCGAAGGAAGAUGCCAUAGUACUGUCUUCGGAUAUUCUGAGAAAGAUUGUCAGAGACACUGAUUCUGUGAUCGUAUUGGUCGACGGAGCGAAAGACGUCCCCAUCUUCUCGCUUACUCCAAAGUCGUCGGAUGACGAGUCUCAUAACAACUUGUUUCACAAACUGGGCAUUAAACUGGCCAAAGGUGAACGUGCGAAAACACUUCGUCUCCGUGUCAACAUAGAUGAUCACAUGUUAUCAAUUCGCAUCAAACAGGCGGAGUCGUUCAUCCGUUCUGGAUAUGUGGUUGUCGUAUUGAUAAAACUCCCGAAACACCGUAUCGUGACAAACCCAUCUGAUGAGGAGGGAAAGCGACUAAACAAGCUCGCGUACGAUGUUGACACACAAAGGUUUGUCACGGCCUUUUCCGCAGUCCCAGACGCUUCGAUGCACCUGAUGGAACGUUCCAAAUCAACUGAAAUUCUGUUUUUAUUGCGGCCUUGCGAGUCCAAGUGAUCCCAGAAUUUGCCACUCCAGUUUGUACAUGCCUAGACCCCUAGCCCAUAUUUGUCCAAUGCGCUCCAAAUAAGAUGCUUACUUUCUCUCCCGUAAAAUGCAGCUUUUAAUCAUUGGGAUGCUAUGAUUUUUUACCGCAUUACAGAUACCCGUC